AUGACAGAUUACUAUUCGAUAAAUGCUCCCGGUGUUAUACAAUCUAAUCGUAAAUAUUCUGUUCUUGUUGCUCUACAUGAAGCAAGUGGACCUUGUUCUAUUCGCAUUACCAUUGAGGGACCCAGUUAUAAUGAGUUUAAAGAUAUCGAAUUACAACCGUAUGAAUCAAAGUUAAUAGACUUUUUGCCCAAAAAAUUAUUGCACGGAGGUCACAAGUUAAUAGCUGACGGCUUAACUGGUUGCAGUUUUAAAAAUGAAAGUAUUUUAAAUGUUCGUGCAGACUUUGGUCCAAAAAUUUACAUACAAACUGAUAAGGCCAUUUAUAAACCUCAAGAUGUAGUUAAUUUGCGAGUUUUGAUAUUAGAUGAACACACAAGACCAUUAAAUAUUCAUGAACCUAUAAGCGUUGAGAUAUGGGAUAAAGAAGAAAAUCGUGUCAAACUAUUUCAUAACAUUUCCCUUACACAUGGAGUUUUUACCGGACAAUUUAAAUUGUCCAAAUAUCCCAUUUUAGGAACUUGGAAAAUUAAAGCAGUUCUAGGUGGAAAAUAUGAUUUCUCCGACUGCAAGACCAUAAAAAUAUUAGACUAUACUUUACCGAUAUUCAGUGUAUAUCUAAAAACACCAUCAAAUGUUUUCCCAGAGGAUGAUUAUAUUAAAGUUGUGAUCUUUGGAAAAUAUACAUUUAACAAAAAUGUAGAGGGUAAUGCUACAGUUGAAUUGUUGGAUGACUUAGUGGUCCUACAAAUCAAAUAUGUUGAUAUAGAAAGUUUAAGUUUUGUCGAGUUCAAUAUUAAAAAUGAAACGAAUAUUAAUAACAUCGAAAGUCUAAAGGUCAAGGUAAAACUAACCGAUAAGCACACGGGUAGAACUGAGGAAGAAAGCAAAUAUAUAAAUUUACGUAAACAACGAUAUAACAUUGAAAUACCAUACAAUGAAAUAGAAUUUGAAAAUAAUAAACCUUAUCGCCUGGCUGUUUAUGUUAAACAUUGGACUGGAGCUGCAGUUUUGGAUCAUAGUACCCCAGUUACUAUGGCACAUGGCAGUAAAACGUAUGAAACAUUUUUAGAUGAAAAUGGUGUAGCAAUAUUCGAAUUUGAACAUGAACCAAAGGCUAAGCAUAAUUUUCAAUAUAAGGAUUCCAAAGGAAUUCUACCCAACAUCUAUACAAGUUCAUAUUCAAUGUUAAAUAACAGAGAAUACUAUUGUCGACUUAAGUUGCUGGAUCAAAGACUAAAACUUGGAAAACCUGUUCAAAUUGAGGUCAGUUCUAUUGUCAACAUUCCUUAUUUGAUGUACACGAUAAUGGGUCAUGCCAGUCUUAUACAAAUGGAGCAUAUAAAAGUACCGCCUAAUCAAAAAUCGCAUAUCAUAACCAUUACGCCCUCAAUUGAAAUGAUACCCAGGUCCUAUAUUUAUGUGUAUUACAUACAUAAAGGUAAUUUACGUUAUGAAGAAAUGCGUCUUAGUUUUCCCUACGAAUUUGAAAAUCAGAUUUCGCUAUCCGCACCCAAACAAGUGAAACCUGGUGAAAAUGUUACAAUUGCCAUAAAUGCGCAACCCAAGUCAUUUGUCGGUAUAUUAGCGGUGGAUUUGGGUGUAUAUUUAAUGGAUAAAUCAUAUGAUUUAAAUGGACCUGAAAUUCUGAGCGAUUUGGCCAAUGAAGUUUCGUAUACACCCAUUGCGGCUACAGUAUAUCCUGGCUUGAUAUCUGGUUUGUUAACCUUAACCAAUGCUCACUAUCCAUUUGAAAAUCGAUUUGCAAAUGGAGAGCCACACCCAUUUACUCCAACUGUAGUUCGGUUUCGUGAAAAAUUUCCUGAAACAUGGAUCUUUGAAAACUUUGUAAUCAACGAAACUGAUACCAAUAUAAAUCUACAAAUUCCUGAUGCUAUAACCACUUGGCGCAUAACGGCAUUUUCAAACAAUGAUAUAACAGGAUUUGGAAUUGUAAAUGGACCCACAGAUAUUACGACCAUACAAUCCUUUUUCAUAUCGCUAAAUCUACCAACCUCUGUGAAACGUGGUGAAAUUGUGACAAUACCCAUAACAAUAUUUAAUUAUUCCAAUCAGACUCUUGACACAGAAGUGAUUCUACAUAAUAAUGACGGAGACUACGAUUUUAUGGAAUCAACAAUACAGGGUAUAGAAAAAUCAAAUGAUGAUCAGCAACAAAUGAAGCAAAUUACUGUGCCAGAGGAUAAAGCCAAGACAGUGAAAUUUCUAAUAUAUCCCAUAAAAGCCGGUGAAAUAAGUCUUAAAGUUACAGCCUCAAGUUCCAUGUAUUCGGACGCCGUUUUGCAGAAACUUAAAGUUGAACCAGAAGGUGUGCCUAAACAAAUUAAUCAAGCUUCUUAUUUAAGUAUUCCAAAAGGGGAGAAAAUAUUAUCAUCAUCUAGUAUCAACGAGCCAUUAGAUAGUGUAACCGAUUCCGAUUAUAUUACAUUUUCUGUAGGUGGUCAUUAUUUAGUGCCCUCAGUAGAGAAUUUUAAUGAUCUAAUACAAAUGCCCACCGGCUGUGGUGAGCAAAAUAUGGUCAAUUUUGCACCUGGAAUUUUAAUUUUGCAAUAUCUUAAAGCAAAUGACAAAUUAACGAAAGAGAAGGGUUUAGUUGAAAGUCUACGAUCAUCAAUCGAAGUCGCUUACCAACAACAAUUAUCAUUUCGUCAUGAAAAUGGUGGUUACAGCGUUUUUGGCAAUGGAAUCGAUGAGGAACCCAGUACAUGGCUUAGCGCUUAUGUAGUGCGUUACUUUCUUAAAGCUUCGCAAUUUAUAUCAAUUGAAACAAAAGUAAUUGAAUCUGCUUUGGAGUAUUUGUCCGGUCAGCAAAAAUCCAAUGGAGAGUUUCCUUAUACGGGCUAUUUAUUAAACCCUAAACAUAAAAAUCCACAUGGACUUACUGCCUUCAUAUUGUUGGCGUUUUUAGAAAAUGAAAAAUAUGCUUUACAAUAUCAAGAGAUCAUACAAAAUGGUGUUGAAUUUCUAAAUUCUAAUUUAAAUUAUACAAAUGAUAUUUACGCAUUAGCAUUGAUAACAACUGCUUUAAAACGUGCUGAGCAUCCCAGAGCCAACCCUUUAAUAAAGCAACUUAACUCGCUUUCUAAAGAGCAAAGUGGUCUCAAAUGGUGGACAUCAGAUGAUCAAAAUCUGGCCAAUGACAUAGAAAUUACAGCAUAUUCUGCAAUGGCUGUGCUGGAAACUCCUGGAGAUCAUACUUCAAUCUUAAAGUGGCUGAUAGAACAACGUAAUGCUAAUGGAGGCUUUACAUCUUCUUACGAUACUGUAGUUGGCAUGGAAGCCUUAGUGAAAUUUUCAGAAAUAUACAAAAAUCUUAAAAAUGUAGAUUUAAAAAUUUCAUAUAGCGCCAGAGAUCUGGAAGGCACUGAAGUGGCAAAGAGUGAAUUCUUUGUUAAUUCCAAUAAUAUUUUAGAUUUGCAGCUACAUGAGUUACCAAAAACCACACGCCAUAUAACUUUCGAAAUGGAGGGCAUUGGUGCUUCUUUGAUACAACUUAAUCAUCAAUAUAAUAUUUUGAAUGAGCAAGAAUUUCGUUAUUUCGAUAUUCAAAUCAAAACAAUAUUUAAAAAUGAUGUCGAAAUUAAUUUUGAAGUUUGUUUUACUUACCACGCCGAUUCGAAUAUGUUAAAUGAAACCACUACCAAUAUGGUUAUAAUGGAAGCAAAUUUACCUUCUGGUUUCAAAUCUGAACCGAAUAGAAGUUUAUCAUUAGAACAGCAUGCACUUAUACAUAGAAUUGAGAGUAAAAAUGAAGACUCUACAAUUAUUUUAUAUUUGGAUAAAUUACAGUCAAAUAAUAAGCAUUGCAUUGAAAUUGAAGCAGAUAGAACGAGUGAAAUAUUAAUGCCAAAACCGGCUGCAAUUAUAAUGUAUGAUUAUUACAACUUGAGUCGUUCGAAUAGAGAAUUUUAUAGUUUUUAA